AUGCCUCUUUCUCUUUCUUCUGUGGAGGACGGAGCUCUGCGGCGGGCUACCUGCCUGCAGCGGACGCACCGUGUUUAUCUGCACUCGCGCGCAUGGCUGGCGCCGUCACUGGCUCCUCGCCCCGUCAUAAUGGAAGUUUCUCUGCGGAGGUCUCCGUUCUUCUGCCAGCCUCUUGCGGCCAGGCUCGUCCCGCUUUCUGUCUGCCUGUUUGCUCUCCUUUCCGCCGAGGCGCGGCCGCUGUCGACUCUGCGGGCGGCCUCCCCGCCAGCGGCGGUUCAAGCCGUGCCCGCGUCGCGCGGAGACCCCCCUCGCCGGCCCGCGGUCACCUCGGGCUCCACCGCCUUCGUAGUCCACCUCUCUGUCGCGGCGCCUCUGCAGUCCCUCCGCCGCGCCGAUGCGGUCUCCCCCCUGGAGACGAGUCGUUCGCCCGUCGCCUUGACAGGCUCCGCCGCUGGUGCCCGCUCGGGCGGCGCGGCCUCGAUCUCUGCAGGCAGGUCUGUGCCAUUCGGCAGCUCGCCAGCCUCGUCUGCGGGCCUCUGGUCUCUGCGGAGGGCAGCAAGUCCCUCGCCCCAAGCUGAAGAGGACGACGACGCAUUCGAAGGCUUUCGAGCAAAAACCGUCGCCCUCUUCCCCGGGCAAGGCGCGCAAGCGAUCGGCAUGGGCGUCGAGUCCGCGCGGCAGUCUGCCGCGGCGCGGGCGUUGUUCAAAGAGGCCUCGGAAGUCGUCGGCCGCGACCUGCUAAAGCUCUGCGAGGAAGGCCCCGAGGCGGAGCUCCAUCAGACUUCGUGGGCGCAGCCUGCGCUGCUCACCGCGAGCAUGGCGGCGGUCGCGCGCUGGAAAGAAGGACAGGAGGCUGCUUCCGCGGAGCCGCCGCGCCCCGACGCGUGUCUGGGUUUGUCCCUGGGGGAAUACAGCGCGCUCUGCUUCGCCGAGGCGCUCUCCUUCCCUGCCGCAGUCCACUUAACGCGCCAGCGAGGCCUGUUGAUGCAAAAGGCCGGCGAGAAGCAGAGCGGAAGCGGCAUGGUCGCCGUCCUCGGCCUCUCCCGCGAGCAGGCGCUGCGGCUGCGAGACACCGUGCAGACAGUCCUGCGCAAGGGACAGCGGGCGCGCGCCCAGCCCGCCCCGCAGGCUGACACCCCGGAGGCCGGCGCUCCGGAGGAGGUCUGCGUGAUUGCCAACUACCUGUGUCCAGGGAACUACGCGUUUUCGGGCACGCGCGCGGCCCUAGACGCACUCGAAGAGCUCGCCACGAAGAAGGUGGAGAAGGAUCAAGAGGAGGCGCGCGGCUUCCCUAGAGCCAAGCGCGUGGUGCGGCUGAAAGUCAGCGGCGCCUUCCACAGCUGCCUCAUGCAGGAAGCGGCCGAGGGCCUCCGCCAGGCGCUGGAAACAACCGAAAUCCGCGCGCCCAAGAUCCCAGUCGUGAUGAACGUAGACGCCCGCCCGCACGCGAGUCCGCGCGUCAUCAAAGAGAAUCUCAUGAGACAGCUGACGAACUCAGUGCUCAUGGACAAGAGUCUGGAGGUGCUGGUGGAGCGCGGCAUGCAGGAGGGCCUCGAGUUCGGGCCGGGGGCAGUUUUGGCGGGUCUGAUGAAGAAAACUUCGCAAGACGUUAAAGUGCACCAGGUGGCGUGA